AUGAAAAAAGGAAAAAAAAAACCCCCGCAAAUACAAGUAGAAGAUGAAUUAGAAAAAAGUAAAAAUUCUGAAAUAGGAUCUUAAUGGCUUGAUUUUAUAAAUAAUGGUAUAAAAAUAAGCAAUGACGGUAUUCGAAAAGGAAAUUUAGAAUUUUAAUUUGACAAAAAUGAUGUAGUAUCAACAGGUAAAUGUAUAGGAGAAGGAGUUGCCUGCUAAGUUGAAGAAGGAAUUUAUAAGCCUUUAAAUAUUAAAGUUGCAAUAAAAAAAAUAAAAAUAUAUGAUAGAGAAAAGCGAAGAUAAUUAGAAAGCGAUAUUAAGAUUUUAUUAAAUAAUGCAGAAAAAAACACUCAAGGUUGUUAUUUUUUUGUAAAAAUGUACGGUGCAUUUUAUGAUGAAGGUUAGGUAAAAAUAGUAUUAGAGUUAAUGGAUGUAGGCUCAUUUAAAGCAGUCAUAAAUAUAUUAAAAAUAGCUUAAGUUUAAUAAAAUUAAAUAUUAAUUCCAGAAAACAUACUAUCAAGAAUAUGUUAAUAAGUAUAUUGUCUAAUAUAUUUAUAUAUUGUAUUUUUUAUAAUAUUUUUGCUUUUUUUAAAAAAAAUAAAGAUUUUAAUUGGAUUAAUGCAUUUACAUAUAAUUUUUAAAUAAGUACAUAGAGAUAUAAAACCUGAAAAUAUACUUAUGAAUUCAAAAGGAGAAGUCAAACUAACUGAUUUUGGAGUUGCUAAAGAACUCGAUUAAACUGAUUAAAAAUUAAUUUCGUAAAGAGGAACAACUGCAUAUAUGUCGCCCGAAAGGAUUAAUGGAGAUGAAUAUAGCUUUCCUUCUGAUAUAUGGAGUUUUGGUAUAGUUAUUUAUGAGAUGAUAACAGGAAAAUAUCCUUUUUAAGCUGAUAAAACUAUUAUCUAACUACAUUAAUUAUUUCAAAAUAUGGAAGAAUAGUAUUUCGUUUUGCCAAAAUAACCUAACUUUUCAAACAGUUUAAGAAAUUUUAUUUAAUAAUGUUUAGUUAUAGAUCCAAACAAAAGAUCUUCGGCAAUAGAAUUAUUAGUACAUCCAUUUAUAAAUGACAAUCUUAGUUAAGAUAAUGAUAUAUAAGAAUGGUUAAAUGAUAUAAAGUAUAAAUAUAUGUAAAAAUAAAGUUAAAACCUUAGUCAAGAAUGA